AUGCUUGCUCGAGAUAUCAACGACUGCACCAGCACCGAGGGGCUCAUGACACUUGCUCAGCUGUACUAUGGGAGUUUUGUGGUUGCUAUGAAACGCCCCCAAACGACCCCUCCUCCAUCCGAGCAUCCAUCAAGAGAUCCAUUGGAAGAUAGGAAUGACUGGUAUAGCCAUGCGCUCUCUGCACCGCCAGCCGACCACACUCCUCCAUCCGAGCAUCCAUCACUCGAAGGUAGGAUUGACUGGUAUAGCCAUGCGCUCUCUACACCGCCAGCCGACCACAGAGCACAGAAACAACUGGCACUUUCACGGGAUAACUUCCGAUGCGUGUUAUCCGGUACUGUCGAUAUUCCCUCGUGGCUUGGGAAGCGCGUCACACGAGCAGCUGAGGAGCCACUUGAACAAACAGACGCGGUACACAUACUCCCCCAGGGUCUUUUUGCGGGCGUUGCCGCUGUACUUUCUCGCUUUUCCAAUCCCAGCGUCCCCAUGGAUCUCAGUGGGCCUGACAUGAACAAAACGUGGAAUCUGUUCACCUUGACGAAAGGCUGGCACAGCUUGUGGGAUGCGCUCCUAGUCUGGAUGGAAGCGACGGCGACUCCCAAUACUUACGUCGUACGCACGGCGUACCCGGGAAUUGGGAGCCAUUCCCCCCUGCAAACGGUGACAUUUGCUACAGUUGAUCCACAAAAUGUACCUGUCCCGAACCCGGAGUUCAUCCUGCUGCAUGCAAUUUGUGCCAAGGUCGCCCUUCUCUCCGGGGGAGGUGAGUAUGUUGACGCAGCGCAACGGCGGUUAGAAGCUGUCGACCCAGUGAGAGCUGUUGGCGAAGAGGGGGGGCUGACGUUGUUGCAGGCUAAGCUAGAGAUGUUGCACAUUAUUGUUCCCCCUGCGUAG